AUGGCCCCCACCAUCCGCCUCUCCGCCUGCAGCCUCUUCGAUGAGCCGCUGGCCAUCGCCAUGCAGGGCCUUGGCCCAUGGCAGCAGGUCACACUGUGGACAUCCUCGUGGGAUGAGGCAGGCGAGCUCUUCCAGGCCUGCGCCCGCUACCAGGUGGGGGACGACGGGGAGCUGGACCUCGCCCGCUGCCCCGCGCUGCCGGGAGGCAGCUUCUCUGGCCUGGAGCCCAUGGGGCUGCUCUGGGCUUUGCAGCCCCAGAAGCCCUUCUGGUAUAUGGUGAAGCGGGACGUGCAGAGCCCCUUCCUCCUGCAGCUGGAGGUGUUUGAGAGCCAUGGGGAGCCCCCCGGGCGGCUGCUGGCCCAGGCGCAGCACAAGCAGGCGUUCCUGUGGGAUGGGGUGCGGAAAGUCCCGGUGCGAGAGAGGAGGAUCCGGGCGACGCUUUUCCUGCCCCCUGGUGAGUGCCAGCUGCAGCCAUCCUGUUUUUCCGGCACUGGCCAGGGCCUUGCUGUGCCAGGGCAGCUGCCAGCCCUCCCACUACCUUGGCUGGAGAGGCCUGAGCUGGAGGGGUGA